AUGUUGGUUGGUAUUAUAAGAUCAUCGCUUCUCACAUUAACAAUCUCUAAAGGUCAAAGAUGGGGUCCGUCAAGUUCUAAUGAGUGUUUCUUCAGGUUCAUGGUACAGAGGAAGGGUCACACUACCACCAGGGUCAUAAAACUACUCCUGGAAAUGCCCACAACUCCUACGAAAGCCUUGUCAAAUGUGUGUUUCUUUAGGUUCAUGGUACAGAGGAAGGGUCACACUACCACCAGGGUCAUAAAACUACUCCUGGAAAUGCCCACAACUCCUACGAAAGCCUUGUCAAAUGUGUGUUUCUUUAGGUUCACGGUACAGAGGAAGGGUCACACUACCACCAGGGUCAUUGAACUACCCCUGGAAAUGCCCACAACUCCUACGAAAGCCUUGUCAAAUGUGUGUUUCUUUAGGUUCAUGGUACAGAGGAAGGGUCACACUACCACCAGGGUCAUAAAACUACCCCUGGAAAUGCCCACAACUCCUACGAAAGCCUUGUCAAAUGUGUGUUUCUUUAGGAUCACGGUACAGAGGAAGGGUCACACUACCACCAGGGUCAUAAAACUACUCCUGGAAAUGCCCACAACUCCCACGAAAGCCUUGUCAAAUGUGUGUUUCUUUAGGUUCAUGGUACAGAGGAAGGGUCACACUACCACCAGGGUCACAAAACUACCCCUGGAAAUGCCCACAACUCCCACGAAAGCCUUGUCAAAUAGGUGUUUCUUUAGGUUCAGGGUACAGAGGAAGGGUCACACUACCACCAGGGUCACAAAACUACCCUUGGAAAUGCCCACAACUCCUGCGAAAGACUUGUCAAAUGUGUGUUUCUUUAGGUUCACGGUACAGAGGAAGGGUCACACUACCACCAGGGUCAUAAAACUACUCCUGGAAAUGCCCACAACUCCCACGAAAGCCUUGUCAAAUGUGUGUUUCUUUAGGUUCAUGGUACAGAGGAAGGGUCACACUACCACCAGGGUCACAAAACUACCCCUGGAAAUGCCCACAACUCCUACGAAAGCCUUGUCAAAUGUGUGUUUCUUUAGGUUCACGGUACAGAGGAAGGGUCACACUACCACCAGGGUCAUAAAACUACUACUGGAAAUGCCCACAACUCCUACGAAAGCCUUGUCAAAUAGGUGUUCUUGGGCAAGGAAAUGUCUUAUUACAAAGAAAAAAAUACGUAAAUAA